UGAUGAGGAAGAGGAUGAAGAGGUGGGAAUGGAAGAAGGUGAGAGUUAUCAGGUGGACACUGAGGCCGACAUCGACGUUACGGACAUUGGCGGGGAGGAACCUUCCCUCAAGAGAAAGUCUCCUCCCCCCACAGAGCUGCCGCCACCCUUGGUCCUGUCCAUAGGGAGUGUCCCUGAGACCUGCCCCUUGGGAAUCUUCAAUGAAGACAGUGCAUCCCAGUCCAAGAGGCUGAAACUGAAGAUGGAAUCAGAAACCCUUGAGGAACCCCAGGUAACUGAGCCCUCAAAGGCCUCUGGGACUCAGGAAGUCACCGUGACAAAAACACCAGUCACGCCUUCUUCUGCAACGUCGGCAUACGCUGCUGAAUUUCUCAAAUUUGUUGGGGUAAAACAAGAGCAUCCUGCUCCAGAGCCCCAAUUAUCUGUAACCAUGGAUACAUCCUCCAGACUAAGUGAAGGGUCUUCAUCACCCACAACCACUGCCAUGGGGUCAGAAUCUAGUGCUCCUCUCUCCUUUGCUGGACUGUUGCCUUCUUCUGCUUCGGCAACAGACAUGUCGUCUGCUACAGACUCUAAAGCACACAAAGCCAAAAAGAAGAAGAAGAAAAACAAGCACAAACAUAAACACAAGCACAAACAUGACCGGCCCGACAAAGAUCCACUGGGGCGGAUCCGAGAGGGGUCCUUCAACAGCUCCGAGAACUCGCCCAGUGUUACUCAGACCACUUUUAGUUCGCCGGAAUUUGAAAUCUAAACUGUCAUGUUGUUGUCUAUAAAUUGCUAAUAAAAUUAAUCAUACAAAGUUGAAAAUGUAUUUACUUAUUGGUAUGAGUUACAUUAAAAUUGUCAAACUGUA